AUGGUGGGUGGGGCGACUGGUUACGGGUGGGGAAGCGAGGAACAGGUGGGGCAGCAGGUUACGGUUGUGGUAGCAGGUGGGGCGGCGGGUGGGGCAGCUUAUGGGGCAGUGGGUACAGGGUGGGGUGGCGGUUACAGGGGACGGGGAGGCGACAGGGAGGCGACGGAAUGGGGACGGGAGGUGGCAGGGAUGGGGAUGGGAGGAGACGGGGGUGCGAACGGAAGGGGACGGGAGGCGACGGGGAGGCGAUGGGAUGGGGACGGGAGGCGACGGGGAUGCAAACCAGAGGGGACGGGAGGCGACGGGGACGCGACGCGGAGGGCGACAGAGACUCGACGGGAGGGGACAAGAGGCGACGUGAACACGACGGGAAGGGGACGAGAUGCGAUGAGAAGGGGACUGGAGACGACGGGGACGCGACGCGGAGGGCAAUGGGGACGCGAUAGGGAGGGGAACGGGAGGCGACGAGAAGGGGACAGGGUCGCGACGUGGGGGAACUCACGGGGUUCCCUUUCUAGCGCAAUCUGGCAGGCCCGCAGGGGCCGUUCUAGGUCGUGA